UGGAUACGAUUCAGGCUUCAAAUUUAAAGUUGUAAGUUUUUAAAAUAUAAAGUCGGGUAUCAAACGUCCUUACUGCAGUAAGUAUUUUAAAAUGCAUUGCCAAUGUCAACUUUAGGAACCAAGAAGUUUAGGUUUGUUAAGAUAAAAAAGUCUUAAAACUUGAUCUGUGUACAUUUCUACUGCUGAUGUUAGUGAUGGCAUUCAUAUUAACGCAGGCCUGCUCAACAUACGACCCGCCAGCUCCCAAUUUACGGCCUGCAGAGUAACUAAAUAUUCUUUUUUUAUAUGGCGUAGAUUUAAUAAAAGCGAUAGACCUAGAUUUAAAACAGCGUUAGAUUAGAUUCACUACAGCGAUAGACCUAGAUUCAAUGCUGCGAUAGACCUAGAUUCAAUGCUGUGAUAGACCUAGAAUCAAAACAGCGUUAGACCUAGAUUUAAAACAGCGUUAGGCCUAGAUUCAAUACAGCUAUAGACCUAGAUUCAAUACAGCGAUAGACCUAGAUUCAAUGAAGCGAUAGACCUAGAUUCAAUGAAGCGAUAGACCUAGAUUCAAUGAAGCGAUAGACCUAGAUUCAAUGAAGCGAUAGACCUAGAUUCAAUACAGCGAUAGACCUAGAUUCAAAACAGCAAUUCAAAAUUCAAUACAAUGACAGGGCUUGAUGCAACAAAAGAUAGGUCUAAAUCGAUGUGUUUUUUAAAAUCGUAUUUUGUUGACAAGAGGAAAGAAAAAAGUUGUUUAACCAAAGAAGCAUUGACCGAAUCUGAACAAAUAAAUUAAUCACCCUGGAUCCAAUACUUUUAAUGAGAUUGAAAGCGUAGUAAUAGAAAAAAAUGGCGUAAAAUAUUCGUUUAUUGGCUUGAAUUCCAAAAAAGAUCGAUUCUUUAUUAUAAGAGAAAAGAUGAUACUUUUGAAUUUAAACAAGGAAAAUAAAUUAUAGCAUUAUUUUUUUUUUUUUUAAGACAGAUCUCUUUCUUUUUUCAGUCUUGAAAAAGAUUCUCACCCUAAGACAGUUCGGUUCCUGUCAGCUCAUCUUCUGCCUCCAACUAUGCAGAAAUUAACUGAAAUUCUUGCCUGCCUCGUUUUAAUAGUCGUCCUCGGAAAACAUGGUAAGAGUUUAUGAAAAAACUGCCAUCACGUCAGCUUAAAUUUUGCAAAGUUACGUCUCAAAAAGAACUUAACGUCAGACCCAGGUAAUGUUUUAAUCGAGUGAGGAUCAACGCAUUUCUUAUACCAUACGCUGACAGAACACCAUGAUAAAUACGAGUGUUGAUAUUUAUUUCUUAUACCAUACGCUGACAGAACACCAUGAUAAUACGAGUGUUGAUAAUUUAUUUCUUAUGCCAUACGCUGGCAGAGCACCAUGAUAAUAGGAGUGUUGAUAUUUAUUUCUUAUACCAUACGCUGGCAGAGCACCAUGAUAAUACGAGUGUUGAUAUUUAUUUCUUAUACCAUACGCUGACAGAACGCCAUGAUAAUACGAGUGUUGAUAUUUAUUUCUUAUACCUUACGCUGGCAGAGCACCAUGAUAAUACGAGUGUUGAUAUGUAUUUCUUAUACCAUACGCUGGCAGAGCACCAUGAUAAUACGAGUGUUGAUAUUUAUUUCUUAUACCAUACGCUGACAGAACACCAUGAUAAUACGAGUGUUGAUAUUUAUUUUUUAUGCCAUACGCUGGCAGAGCACCAUGAUAAUAUGAGUGUUGAUAUUUAUUUCUUAUACCAUACGCUGGCAGAGCACCAUGAUAAUACGAGUGUUGAUAUGUAUUUCUUAUACCAUACGCUUGCAGAGCACCAUGAUAAUACGAGUGUUGAUAUUUAUUUCUUAUACCAUACGCUGACAGAACACCAUGAUAAUACGAGUGUUGAUAUUUAUUUCUUAUACCAUACGCUGGCAGAGCACCAUGAUAAUACGAGUGUUGAUAUUUAUUUCUUAUGCCAUACGCUGGCAGAGCACCAUGAUAAUAUGAGUGUUGAUAUUUAUUUCUUAUACCAUACGCUGGCAGAGCACCAUAAUAAUACGAGUGUUGAUAUUUAUUUCUUAUACCAUACGCUGACAGAACACCAUGAUAAUACGAGUGUUGAUAUUUAUUUCUUAUACCAUACGCUAACAGAACACCAUGAUAAUACAUGUGUUGAUAUUUAUUUCUUAUACCAUACGCUGGCAGAGCACCAUAAUAAUACGAGUGUUUAUAUUUAUUUCUUAUACCAUACGCUGGCAGAGCACCAUGAUAAUACGAGUGUUGAUAUUUAUUUCUUAUACCAUACGCUAACAGAACACCAUGAUAAUACAUGUGUUGAUAUUUAUUUCUUAUACCAUACGCUGGCAGAACACCAUGAUAAUACGAGUGUUGAUAUUUAUUUCUUAUACCAUACGCUAACAGAACACCAUGAUAAUACAUGUGUUGAUAUUUAUUUCUUAUACCAUACGCUUUACGGAGUACCGCGAUAGUAAGUGUUUUGUAUGUGUACAGAAAAUAAAAAAAAAUAAUGACUUCAUGAACUUUUACCGUAAGACGAUCAAUUUAACGUAUUUUCACUUUUGAAGUGAGAUAAUUUUGAUUUUUUAAAAAUAUUUUUAUGCCAUUUUUUGCAGAUACAUGAAUGGUUAGGAUAGGUACAUUAAAAAAGAAUGAAAUAGCUGCAGGAAGUUUUAUGAGUGUGCUAUAUUUUAUAUACUCUUCGUUAUACUUGUCUUAAAUUUAAAGCCUCUCCCUAGUGAUGGGAUUACACUAAGCAGUAAAAAAAAAAAUCUCGGUUACUUUUAGAUCUGUUCCUAGCGUUAUUUAGGUUACUGGUUCCUAGCGUUAUUUAGGGUACUGGUUCCUAGCGUUAUUUAGGUUACUGGUUCCUAGCGUUAUUUAGGGUACUGGUUCCUAGCGUUAUGUAGGGUACUGGCUCCUAAUGUUAUUUAGGGUACUGGUUCCUUUGUUAUUUAGGGUAAUGGCUCCUAUAGUUAUUUAGGAUACUGGCUCCUAUAGUUAUUUAGGGUACUGGCUCCUAUAGUUAUUAGGGUAUUGACUCCUAGUGUUAUUUAUGUUACUGUUUCCCAGCGUUAUUUAGGGUACUGUUUCCUAUUGUUAUUUAGAGUACUGGUUCCUAGCGUUAUUUAGGGUACUGGCUCCUAGCGUUAUUUAGAGUACUGGUUCCUAGCGUUAUUUAGGGUACUGGCUCCUAGCGUUAUUUAGGGUACUGGUUCCUAGCGUUAUUUAGGGUACUGGUUCCUAGCGUUAUUUAGGGUACUGGUUCCUAGCGUUAUCUAGGGUACUGGUUCCUAUUGUUAUUUAGGGUACUGGUUCCUAGCGUUAUUUAGGGUACUGGCUCCUAUAGUUAUUUAGAGUACUGGCUCAUAUAGUUAUUUAGGGUACUGGCUCCUAUAGUUAUUUAGGGUACUGGCUCCUAUAGUUUUUUAAGGUACUGGCUCCUAUAGUUAUUUAGGGUAUUGACUCCUAGUGUUAUUUAUGUUACUGUUUCCCAGCGUUAUUUAGUGUACUGUCUCCUAUUGUUAUUUAGAGUACUUGUUCCUAGCGUUAUUGAUGGUGCUUAUUCCUUGUGUUGUUUAGGGUCCUCAUUCCUAGUGUUAUUUUGGUUACUUAUUCCUAGUGUUUUUUAGGGUACUGAUUCCUAGUGUUAUUUAGGUAACUGAGUUCUAGUGUUAUUUAGAUAACUGAUUUCUAGUGUUAUUUAAGGUACUGACUCCUAGUAUUACUUAGGGUACUGACUCCUAGCAUUAUUUAGGGCACGCCAGCACACCAUGAGGCCCUUACAGUGGCUAAACACGAGGCUAUCUCAUUUGCCUUUGGAAAAAUUAAUUACUAUUUAAAAAUAAAAAUAAAAUUGCUUGAUUGAUUUGUGCGCACCCAAACAGAAAUUAGCUACAUGGAUGUACCUGCAUCUCAUGUCUUCUGUGAAGCGGAACAUUUAUAAAUGGGGCCAGACACGAUUUGCCUUUGAGAGGAAGAUGGUGAUCAGGAGAUAAAAUGUUAACACUUAAACUUCAGUGUUACACAAUAGAGUAAUUCUACUUCAAAUUUAUUUGAUCAUGUCCUGUGUGAAAAAUUGUUCGUAAAUGUACUGAAUAGAAGAUGCGUUCCACAGCAAAAAUGGACUGACCACAUUGACAGAAAGGGAAAUCUGGAAAUUCGAUGAAACAUCACAUCAGAAAACAAAAUAAAUGAAACGUUUUUAAUAAAAGGAACAUAAUUGAAUACUUAAGGUUCUCUAUUUAUUCUUGUGAAAAUAUUGCAAUCGCUUAGAUCAGUGAUUCUCAACAUUCGUAAUGCCGCGACCAUUUAAUACUGCUCCCCAUGAUGUGGCGAACCCAGCAACAAAAAAAUUUUUCGUUGCUGCUUCAUAACUGUAGAGUAUAUGUGUUUUCAGAUGGUCUUAGGUGACCCCUGUGAAAGGGUUGUGCGACCUUCAAAAGGGUCACGACCCACAGGUUGAGAACCGCCGGCUUAAAUCAAUAUUCAGAGAACCUAAAGCUCAGAGUGCAGUUGAAGAUUUCACAAUAACAAUUAAAUGCAUGCAACGUUAGCCUAAUAGCAACUACUAUGAAAAAAAAAGAUUGAUUUCACCCUGGCAUCGAGAUUUGUUAUUAGCUUAUAAAAAUCUAACAAAAGAGCAUCUUUGAUGAAGAAAAACAAUACAAAGUCUCCAGUAAAUAUGUUAUUUUGGGUAUAAAAUGAGGAAUUUAUGUUGUAACACACUAUUCUUUUAAUUAUUAAUAUAAGGUUUCAUGCUUUAAAAAAACAUAUGUCCAAUAUCUAAAAACCUAUAGUUGAAGAAUUCCACAAGAUAGAUGUGCACAUAGUAAUAGUGCAUAGGCUGGUCAUGCACAAGUAAGCCUUGCUCAUGGUUUUCACGCAGACAUUUCUGUUUGAAUUUAAAAUUACGCUCACCAAUCCUACACAUUCAAAACAUUAAAUUUUAGUUUCUUUAAGGACUACAUAACCAGUCAGCCCUCCAUGACACAAACUCAAACAUCCUUACCAUGGCUUGUCCAGCGGUCCUCAUACCUUGACUAAAAACACUAAAAUAUGUUGGCUUUUUUUUCUGGCUGAGACAACCAGUAGAUCAAACUUGUAGAGAAUUCACACAACACUCACAGGCCCCAAGAAUUUAAACGUAUGCUGAUAGUUGCAACAAGGUAGACGGGGGUAUGAGAACCUUAACCCAAACACUGAUGAUAAAAUUAUCAUAAAUUAUACAGCAAAUUAACAAAACAUGUACGAAUGUUAGGAAAAAAAUGUCGACAAAAACUUAACAAAAAAUAAAGUGCUUAAUAUUCUUAAACUAUAUAUAUAACAAAUUGUUUGGUUUGUUGUUAGAAAUGAAUUAUUUUGCAUAACUAAAAACACAGAUUGUGUUAUUUCUCUUACAGGAUACACCGAGGCAUUUCAAGAUGCUAACUAUCCAGUAAAGAAAAAAACUUUUAUUGUCUUCAUGGACCCUCUAGACUUCAAGAAAAAAAGUUGUCCGGACGGCUUAGUCCAUGAUGUUGAUUACUUUAUUCUUACUGGUUUCGUGAACAUCACCAACAUUCCCUAUCCGAUCAGGUUUGGGAGAAUCCUAGUUUGGUAUAUCGAUUAUGAUGGCUGGAUCUGGGUAAGUUUCUUUUUAAAUUUCAUAAUUUCAUUCUUGUGGCCCCCAAAAAAUGAACAUUUUCGGUUCACGUUUGGCAGACGAAUGUCGGACCGAUGUCGUCAUUAUAAAACGGUGAUCAAAGAAACGUGUUACAGGAAUAUCGAUGAUAUUUUACUUCGAUUGGAACUCGUCGGAAUCAUCUUCCUUUAUCUGUUGAUACAAAUUGAAGUCGUGAGAACAUUGAAAAGUAGAAAUAAAAAAAAAAAGCUUCAUCAUUUUUAAAGCAUGGAAACGAAACAAAUACAAUUUCGUUUAUUCUCCAGGUUUUUCCAAGCAAUCAGGCAUUGCGGGAUGCACCUUGCAGAGAUCAACCGCUAGUGGCUCCGAACAGAUGCGUUUGUCUGUUUCAUGAUGAUAAGGAAAUCCGUGUGAAGUGCAACAUCACAAUAAUUGUGGAUUAUUUUCGGACUAUUUUCCGUUUAGGCUAUAUUCGUGAUGAUUUUUACUACAGUGACUAUUCGGAACCACUUCCGUAUGUCUACGGUAGGUAACCUUAGCAUGAUGUAAAUAUUUACGGCACUAAAAUUUCUAAGCUUAUGGGAGUCUAAAGUACAACAUGACAGUUAAUGAUAGCACAAUGAUAGUCUGAGAUUCGUAAAAGAAAACCAGUAGAUUCAUUCUUUAAGUAAUUGUGUCAAACAGAUUAAAAGAAAGAUGCAUAUGAUUGGUUUUUAUGGGUUCAGUCGUUGACACCAAGUAGACCCUUCAAUGCGGUGUUGCGACCACGGAACUAGCUUGUAAGUGGAAAUCGUGAGACUAGCUGAUGGUUAGGGAAUCAUUGGAGUAGCUGGUGGGUAGGAAAUCAGAAGACAAGCUAGUGUGUGGGGAAUCAUGGGACUAGCUGGCGGUUAGAAAACCAUGUGACUAGCUAAUGGUUAGGGAAUCAUGGUGGGUGGGUGGGGGGGGGAAUCAAGGGAUUAUCUGGUGAGUUUGAAAUCAUGGGACUAGCUAGCAGGUGGUAAAUCAUGGGACUAUCUGGUGGUUAGGGAAUCAUGGGACUAGAUGGUGGUUAGGAAAAAAAUUGGACAAUCUCUUGGUUAGGAAAUCAUUGGACUAUCUGGUGAGUGGUUAAUUAUUGGAUCAGGUGAGUCGUGGGGAAUCAUGGAUUAGCUAGUAUUUUGGGAAUUAUGUGACCAUCUGGUGGUUCGGAAAACAUGGGACUAACUAGUGGUUAGGGAAACAUGGGUCAAGCUGUUGGUUUGGGGAGAAUGGGACUAUCUGGUGAGUAGGGAAUCAUGGGACUAGCUGGUAUUUAGGGAAUCAUUGGACUAGCAAGUGGUUAGGGAUUCAUGGGGGCAAGCUGGUAGUUAAGGAAUCAUGGGACUAGCUGGUGCUUAAAGAAUAAUGGGCUAUCUGGUGGGUUGGGAAUCAUGGAACUAUCUGGUUAGGGGGAAUCAUGGGACUGUGGUGGUUAUGGAAUCACGGCACUAGAUUAUGAUUGGGAAAUGAUGGGACUAGCUGGUAUUUAGGGAAUCAUUGGACUAGCAAGUGGUUAGGGAUUCAUGGGGGCAAGCUGGUAGUUAAGGAAUCAUGGGACUAUCUGGUGUGUGGGGAAUCAUAAAACUAUCUGGUGAGGGGGAAUCAUGGGACUUGCUUGUGACUAGGGAAGCACAGGGCCAGCUGGUGUUGUGGGAAUCAUGCUACUAGAUGAUGGUUGGGAAAUCAUGGGACUAGCUUAUUUUUUGGAAUUCUGGGACCACAUUGUGGUUGCUAAACAAUGAUGAGACUAUAUGGCGUGUUGGAAAUAGUCGGACUUGCUAAAAGUUGAGGUAUCAUAGGAAAAGCUGGCAGGUGGUAAAUGAUGGGACUAGCUGGUGGUUGGGGAAACAUGGGACUAGCUGAUGGUUUGGAAAUCAUGGGUGAAGCUGGUGGUUGGGGAAAAAUGGGACUAGCUGAUGGGUGGGGAAUCAUGGGUCAUGCUAGUGGUUGGGGAAACAUGGGACUAAAUGAUGGGUGGGUAAUCAUGGGACUGUGGUGGUUAUGGAAUCACGGUACUAGAUUAUGGUUGGGAAAUCAUGGGACUAGCUUGUAUUUGGGGAAUCAUGGGACUAGCUUGUAUUUUAGGGAAUCAUGGGACCAGCUUGUGGUUUGGGAUUUAUGGGACUAGCUUGUAUUUUGGGAAUCAUGGGACUAGCUGAUUGGUAUGGGAAUCAUGGGUCAAGCUGGUGGUUGGGGAAACAUGGGACUAGCUGAUAGUUUGGAAAUCAUGGGUGAAGCUGGUGGUUGGGGAAAAAUGGGACUAGCUGAUUGGUGGGGAAUCAUGGGUCAUGCUAGUGGUUGGGGAAACAUGGGACUAAAUGAUGGGUGGGUAAUCAUGGGACUGUGGUGGUUAUGGAAUCACGGUACUAGAUUAUGGUUGGGAAAUCAUGGGACUAGCUUGUAUUUGGGGAAUCAUGGGACUAGCUUGUAUUUUAGGGAAUCAUGGGACCAGCUUGUGGUUUGGGAAUUAUGGGACUAGCUUGUAUUUUGGGAAUCAUGGGACUAGCUGAUUGGUAUGGGAAUCAUGGGUCAAGCUGGUGGUUGGGGAAACAUGGGACUAGCUGAUUGUUUGGAAAUCAUGGGUGAAGCUGGUGGUUGGGGAAACAUUGGACUAGCUGGUUGGUGAAGGAGCAUGGACUAUCUGGUGGGUGGGGAAUUAUGGGACUCUGGUGGUUAUGGAAUCACGGCACUAGAUGAUGGUUGGCGCUUGUAUUUGGGGAAUCGUGGAACUAGCUUAUAUUUGGGGAAUCAUGGGACUAGCUUGUAUUUUGGGAAUCAUGGGACUAGCUUGUGGUUGGGGAAUUAUUUGACUAGCUAGUGAUUAAAGAAUGCUGGGUCAAGCUGAUGGUUGGGAAAUCAUGGGACUAGAAGGUGGUUAGUAAAUGUUGGGACUAGCUUGUGGGUAGGGAAUCAUGGGACUAUCUGGUGGGUCGGGAAUGAUGGGACCAGCUGGUGGUUGGGGAAUCAUGGGACUAUCUGGUGGGUGGGGAAUCAUGGGUCAAUGCUGGUUGCUUUUUUCCUCUAUUACAUUCACGAUUUCAAGAAAAGUGAAUAAAAAAAUAAUUUAACUGUUAGACAUUGACUUAUGUCAAUGUCGGGGAAGAGGAAAUUCCAUGAAAGAAGUAACUAAACGAAUGGGGAUCAAGUGAGGUAACCUCCACAUUGAAGUGAUCAACAUUCGCAAUGCCAAUGUGUCCAUUUAGAAAACGAAGAGUCGACACAAAGGCAGUCUUUGGCCUCCGGCAAAUAUUUGAAAAAAAAAAACUUGUAGGUAUGGAAAGCGUCAUCUGGUUUUCAUCGACGAGGAAAAAGCCUUCAGCAUAACAGAAAGAAUUAAGACGCCGGAUAAAUUGGCUAGUUAUUAUUACCAACAUAAAAAAAAAAAAAGAAAUCGUCAUAGAAACAAAAAAAGUACAGUUCAUUGACAAAAAAAGUGCAUCGACAUGGGCAGUUCAUUGACAUAAUAGGACAUCGACCGUUCAUUGACAAAAAGAAAAGUACAUAUUCAUGGACUGUUCAUUAACAAAAUUAACAUUUUUAAAUCCAUUAUUUAUCUGAAUCAUUUUUAUUUGGCCCUGCGUUUUUUUUUUUUUUUUUUUUGUUCCAAAUUUGGUUUUAAUUUUGGCAGGUUUGGCCGUGAGCCAUACGUUAACUAUAAAAAAAAGUUUGAUCUUUCUUUUAUUAACAUUUUUAAAUCCAUUAUUUAUCUGAAUCAUUUUUAUUUGGCCCUGCGUUUUUUUUUUUUUUUUUCUGAGUUCCAAAUUUGGUCUGAAGUUUGACAGGUUUGGCCGUGAGACAUACGAUAACUAUAAAAAAAAGUUUGAUCUUUCUUUAUGCGCUAGUGUAACUAGUGUAACUAUCAUUAUAAUUUCUUGUUACCGUAACCUACAAUAAUUUUCUAAAGCUCUUUCUAAAUUAUAAAUGAUGAUCAGGUUUUGCUUUUAGAUCAAAAGUUUAAAUAGUUUUUGUCAAAAAUAUUCAUCAAAAUACUGAAAAUGAAUUAGCACAAUGUGAUCAGAAUAUAUCUCAGUGUAUUGGGAUCAACGAAAGAAUCGCAGCUUAGCAUUAUUGUUAAAUAUUUUGCAUAUUCUAUUUUAUACUCUUUUUAAGGUAAUACAUCUUGCAUGAAGUGGGUCAUAUAUUCAAAAAAUCAAGGUAAGCAUAACAUGUGAUGUUUAGAAUCAAGAUUAGUGUUAGAGUUAGAGCAGUGGUUACCAUGGUUACCAGUUUCUGCACGUUUGAUGCAAAGUUGGUGAUUUUUUUCUCCAAAAUUAUAAUUUAUUUUGUUUAAUUUAAAUUGAUCAUAUGUCAUUAGGACCUGAUAAAACCAGCAACCAUAUUAUGUAAAUAGGGUUCUAAAUAGUAAAUAUUGUGUACUUAGGGGUCUUCUUGGUAAAUAAUGUGGACAAAGACCCCUCCAUUGUAAAUAUCGUGUAUUAGAGCGGGGAACCCCAAUCUUAUUCAUAGAGGAUUCUGGAGGUGUGGCGCCAGCACUAGUUACUCAGAUGGGUUAUUGACCUUAAUUUACUCAUGUUUAAUGCCUUUCGAAGAGACCCCUAUGAACUACAAACAUUUAUCUAAACAUUUUUUUCAUACCUAUAUUAAGGAUUAAAAAUAGUUUCUCAUGUUAAAAUGAAAAGCAGUACUUUUUUUUUUUAAUGUUUUUUUUUCUUUUCUUUUCUUUAGGGUGUAGUCUUGUUGGAGGUAACUCUGCUGUGUCUGGUAAGUAAAUUAUAUAUGAAUUAUCUAGUCUUGUUGGGUGUAACUCUGCUAUGCCUGGUAAGUAAAUUAUACAAGAACUAUCAAGUCUUGUUUGAGUCAACUCUGCUAUGUCCGGUAAAUUAUACAUGAAUUAUCUAAUUUUGUUUGAGACAAUUCUGCUUUGUCUGAUAAGUAAGUUAUUCAUGAAUCAUCUUAUCGUGUUGAAGAAAACUCCCCUAUAUCUGGUAAUUACCUAGUAGAAUGAAAAAGGGAAAAGGGGGGGGGGAGGCGAUUUCCCUUUGUGUCCCUUUGGGGGAGGGAGUAGAGAAUCGGGAAAUUUUCAGAUGAAAAAUAUUAUGUAUAUUAAUUUACUUGUGGAAAAGAGGAAGAAAAACAAUAUCUUACAACUAUUUCUAUAUAAUCAUUAUUACUCUUUACAACUAUAUCUAUAUAAUCAUUAUUAAUCUUUACAACUAAAAUUCGCCCUCUCACAUAUCUGAAGCUCGUGUCAUAAGAUGAGCUACGAGCUGAAAUAGCUCUCAUAGGUCUCUGUGUCAACCCUUACAAUGAUGGUAAGCUUAAUAAUUUGUGUCCCUGCUUUUUUGUAUUUGUUGCUUGCUUAGACACUUAUAUAAUUUUUCAAAGAGUUUCUUCUUCCACAGGAAUGGUCAUCAUCUUCACAGCUUUGGUCUUCACGGCCUCAUCACUGUUUUCAUAUGGCCAAUGAUCUCACCAACAUCGGCUCUGAGCUCCAAGCCUUGAGACUAAACGCUGAACAUAUCAGCAACAAUAAAUGUACUUUAUGAUAUGUGAAAAAUGUUCAUCAUCUUUGGUACAUAAGCAACAAAAAAAAAUAUUAAAAAAAAAUUGUAAGUACUAGAUUUUAAAAAUGCCUUAUAUUCUGGUCACAAAUGAAUGGCAUAAUAUUUGUCACAAGUCAGAAAAUAAAUUAAUUGAAUAAAACUGUUCACAUUGAAAAUAAAAAGUACUUUAACAUAGAUGACCUCAAUUGGUCCCAAUCGCCUAAAACCAGAACAUUUUGACAUUUUUAGUUAAGUGCAUAUUUUCAAACUUCUUACUUUGAUUACUUUAUUAACAUUUUAAAUGCAUAUAAAAAACAAAAAAUUUGUAGCCAUUUUUAUUUUCCCUUCCAUCAUUAAAUUCUCCUUAUCAAUUGUUUAUACUUGGUUAUAACGAUGCUAAGUUUAGCGUCGGUGGUGGGGGUGGUCGUUUCGUUCUUUCUUCAGUUUAAGGAUCCCAGGUUCAACCUUAAAAAGAAUCAGAAGGAAGCAGUUUACAGUGUUAAUCACAACAGUAAGAAAAACAUGGCCAAAACACUUUCUUAUUAAAUAAGCUUUGUUCUAUACGUUUAUAUUAAAAACAUUUGAUGCAUAACUAAUAACAUUGAAAAGAGUUGAUGUAUUAGAAUAGCUAUAUAUAACAUUAAAAUGAGUUGAAGUUAUAAUAGAGAAAUGAAUAAAAUAAGUUUAAGACGCAUUUGAAUGUGUUAAUUUUUUUAAAUUUCAUUUUCAGUUCUAAUUAAGAAUUUUUUUUAAGGAAAAGGAUAAUAUGAAAAAAAUGUGGGUUUUACAUUAAGUAGACAUCCCCCCACCACCACCCCCCUAAUUUUUUUUUUUUUUUACUUGAAAAACACUAAUGAUAUUAUAAAUUGUAUCCGAAUUUUAAUUUAAAAAAAAUGUUCUACGCCAAUUUUUACUUUUUAAGGAAAAGGAAAAUAUGAAAAAAAUGUGGGUUUUACAUUAAGUAGACAUCACCCCAACAACACCCACCUAAUUUUUUUUUUUUUUUACUUGAAAAGCACUAAUGAUAUUAUAAAUGGUAUCCGAAUUUUAGUUUAAAAACAAUGUUCUACGCCAAUUUUUACUAAAUCAUGUUGUCCGAAAUUAAAGUUGUUUGAAUUGAAAUUUUUUCGAACAAAGAUUUGAUUUAAGUUAAAGUUUAAGUAUUCUUACUUAGUUUUAGCUUUCGCAGCAUUGGAGAAUGGGCCAAGACCAUAUUAACAGCAUGUGGGCCCUGGCACGUCAUUAGGUAUAGGCCAAAGCCAUCUUAACAGCAUCGGGGCAGGCCCUCAGGCACCACACUGGGGUAUAGGCCUAGGACAUAUUAACAGUAUGGGGGCCUUGCUAUGCACUGAGACUGGGCUGUCUUAACAGCAUAUGGGGUUUUGGGCAAAUAGAUUCACUGAGGCAGGGCUCUCUUUACAGCAUCUGAGGCCCUGGGCAAAGAGAUAAACUGAGACCAGUAUCUUUUCUUACAUAUUCAAAUAAUGCUAAUAUAAGAAAACCCUUUGGGCCAAGGUCUGCCCUGGCAAGUAAUUUAGUAGGGGGGGGGGGGGGGGGUCCCAGUCAAUUUGAUUUGGGAGGUAGGUGGAUGUUUAGGCGCUUGUGAAAGAAGAUGGCUGUGGAUCUAUCAGCUCGAAAAUUAGGUGUAAUCUCGCACAGGGUUUCGCUGAUUAUGGCGCCCCGUGUAUACAUUAAAAAAUGUAAUCCAGUUGUGGUGACCCCUGAGGGUAUCCUUAGUUUCACACCUGGAAUCCAUAUAAUCCAACUAUAUGCAUAUACCAACCAAGAGGAAAAUCAUAUUUUUUUAAAGUUCAGUGAAAACAUUUUUAACAGCUAACAACAAGAAACCAAUGUUUUGUUUUUUUUAAAUUAAAACUUAUAGAAAAGAGUGUCGGUACUGUCCCUUUGAUAGGGGAGGGAGCAGAGUUCCUAGGUAAAGUACAUCCCGAACGAUACUACUUGUGAUGUUUGGGGGGGGGGUGGAGUGGCUUAGUGACCCCAUCCAAGAUGUAAAAAAGAGGAAGAAAAAAGAAUAUUAAAUCUAUUUUGCUGUCAAUUUGCUUUUCGGAUAUAUUACUUUUUACACACAAUUGCUAAAGACACUAAAGUGUAAAGAAUCUUUUAAAAUAAAUUGUUCAUCCCAUAAAAUAUUAAAUAGUUGCUAAAACUAAAAAUGCUCUAUUUGAAAACAUGGAAACGCUAUUGAUAACAAUUUUAGCCAAAUGCAAAAGUUUUGGCUGAAAGAAAGGUAUAAAAUAGUUAGGACAAUUUGAUUAACAUGGUAAGAAGAGCUCUGCGUUUGAGUUGUUUCCCUUGUUACGAAGACCACUCUUUUUAACUUUAACUACUAGAGUUAUUUGACCAACUUUAGACGCUUGACAUAUAUAUAUAUAUAUAUAUAUAUAUAUUUAAAAAUGUAAAUUUUUAAAAAGAUAAAGGUUCUUUUGUCAAAAAUAUAUUUAGAAAACGUUGGUGUCGGAAGGGUAAAUUUAACAAAACCCUUUAAAAUGUAUUAUGCAUAAAUCCUUUUGAAGCGUUGAUAUUGAGCAAAGGGGUGGGGCUAAAAAUUUGACAACUCACGCAUUCAAGUACAGUAGCGCACUUUAUAAGAAUCCAAAUUUUCCUCUCAAGGCCGCCCCCCCCCCCGCCACUCCAACAGCUCGCAAACCCAAAUUUUUUUUACGCCCCUGCACUAUAUUAAUAUUCUAAUGACCCACUAAAGGGGUGGGGCAAAAAAUUUGCCAACUCACCCAUUCAAGUAAAGUAGCGCACUUUAUAAAAACCCAAAUUUUCCUCCCAAGGCCCCCCCCCCCCCCCGCCACUCCAACAGCUCGCAAACGCAAAUUUUUUUUACGCCCCUGAACUAUAUUAAUAUUCUAAUGACCCACCCGCUUUUACACAGAAGAUUAAUUUCACUUCAGAAAAAAAAUAUCUAUAUCUAUAUUACGCACCAAACGAACUUAAAGUUUAAAAAAUAACUUUUAAUAGAAAGAAUCUCAUUGAACGCAGUUACAGGGGCUUCCAUUGUAUCUUCUCCUUGGAAAAACAGGAACAACUUUUUUUUUUUGGCGGGUUGGAGACGAAAAUUUGAUAGAAUGUGUUGUCAUCGACAAUGAGUCUUUAUACAAAAUUUUAGCUCGACAGCUUAACGGAAAGAGGGCCCAUAAGCCAUCAGAGGAUUUCAGCCAGCCACAAACAUCAGCGAAGCAUAUAUAAAGGAUUGUAAAAAAGCGUUAUUUGAUUACUUCUUCCUCAAAAAUUUUGUUUUUUAAUUUUGCAUUUCAGGAUUCGCAUUCGAUGAUAGACAAAGUUUUUUUCAUUCUUGUCCGUGAAUUCAGAAAUUCUGUAAUUUGUUUUGUGGCAUUCUAUUGUUAUCUUUAUCUCAUAUCAUCGCCAAUACAGCAAUUCUAUUUUUAAAAACUCAAAUCAUUUCGUGCCACAAGGUUUCAAAAAUGUCACGGUUCCAUGAACACUGAUUUAAUAAACAUGUAUCCGAUGAAAUUUGUUCUGCCUUACACUUUAUGGUGCGACAUUUUACCUCACUUCCAAGACUGUCACAGACACAAAAUUUUACCUCACUUCCAAGACUGUGACAGACACAACAUUUUACCUCACUUCCAAGACAGUGACAGAAACAACAUUUUACCCCACUUCCAAGACUGUCAAAGACACAAAAUUUUACCUCACUUCCAAGACUGUCACAGACACAACAUUUUACCCCACUUCCAAGAAUGUGACAGACACAACAUUUUACCCCACUUCCAAAACUGUCACAGACACAACAUUUUACCCCAUUUCCAAAACUGUCACAGACACAACAUUUUACCCCACUUCCAAGAAUGUGACAGACACAACAUUUUACCCCACUUCCAAAACUGUCACAGACACAACAUUUUAUCCCACUUCCAAAACUGUCACAGACACAACAUUUUACCCCACUUCCAAGAAUGUGACAGACACAACAUUUUACCCCACUUCCAAAACUGUCACAGACACAACAUUUUACCCCACUUCCAAGAAUGUGACAGACACAACAUUUUACCCUACUUCCAAGAAUGUGACAGACACAACAUUUUACCCCACUUCCAAAACUGUCACAGACACAACAUUUUACCCCACUUCCAAAACUGUCACAGACACAACAUUUUACCCCACUUCCAAUACUGUGACGGGCACAAAAUCUUACCAAGAAGUAAUCUUACGGCCUCGAGGUUGGUCAUACUUGAGGAACUUAAUCUAAAACAACAGUUUAUGCGUACUAAAGGCUUUACUCUUGACAAAAUAAUGACCAACCUAGAGGCCGUAAGAUUGAUUCUGCACAAGAAGCGCUGUCACUUGGAUACAAAAGUGUCGCGACCCACAGGUUGAGAACCGGUGCCUUGUGGCAUACCGCUAAACCCAACUCAUAUUCGUGCAAAGCCAGCGGGACGGUGUCCCUUGAAAAUGACAAAUACACAAGCAACAAGGGCUUGCUGGGAUUAAAGACGUCUACUAGCCCAAGUUUUAACGCACUGCUCAACGGCCCAAUGCUCAGGCUUUCAGUAAAUGUAGGAAUAGGCAAACCAUAUAAGAAGUUAUGAGUUGUUCAUAAAGUAGGGUGUGUUAAUCGAGUGACUUAUUUAUUAUUUUAUUCAAAGAAAAUUAUACAAUUUCAAAAACAAUAAUGAGAAAUUUUAUUCAAUUUAUAUUGUGCAGCUGGAGCAUUGUGCACAUUUACUUGUGAUUCCGUCUUGGCUGGCAUCAAAAACUAUUACUUAUCUUGCGAGGUAGACGAUUUUAAAAAGUGCGAUAUUUCUUUAAGACUUACUUUUUGUAGUCAAACACUUCGUGCUUUUCACUGAAAGACGAUAGGCGGAAAAGAUUUGACAGAUAAAUUUUAAAUAGUCUACCAUCAACACAUGAGCGGUCUCUUUUACUAACGUACACAGAAAAACGAACAAGCAAUGUACAAAAAUGUAGUCAUUCUCGUCUUGCUCAUCUCGACUGUGCCGAUGGCACAUAAUUGGUCCUAUACAUGUAACUAUUGCAAUAAUUGGUGUAUUCAAAGCAAGGCUCAAAGUAAGUAAAUGAUAUAUAUAUAUAUAUAUAUGAUUAUUGUCAGUAUAGCUGACUAUUGUAGCAUAGUUUCUAGCUGCUAUCAUCUUCCCAGGGAGUAUUAAGGUGUUGCUUUAUCAAUGGAUAUAGCAGCUGAUUUAUCAUUUUCAUCUUGGGAAACUGAUAUCCCAGACAAGUCAAAGUCAUCCUCAUCUAACAAUUCAGCACAAACAAUAGAAGCAUUGUCAGUGAAUGUCAGCGUGAGCAAUAAUUGCCAUAAGCUCCCUUUCUCUUGGCAGCUACUUGCAUUAGUCGAAUCCUUUCUUAUUGAGGAGCUCGUGGUAUUUUCUUAUGCAGCUAGAAAAAUAUAUAUACCAGUCACAAACAGCUAAAAAGAUAUCUAUACCAGUCAUAAACAGCUAGAGAGAUAUCUAUACCAGUCAUGAACAGAUAGAGUGAUAUCUAUGUCAGUCAUGAACAGCUAGAGAAAUAUAAAUGUUAGUCAUGAACAGCUAUAGAGAUAUCCAUGUCAGUCAUGAACAGCUACUGGGAUAUCUAUGUCAGUCAUGAACAACUAGAUGGAUAUAUAUUGAUUGAUUGAAUACUUCUAUAGCGCUAAGUAUCCAUGCUAUUUUAGCAUGCUCAGUGCGCUCUCAGUGAUGGCAUCCAGGGUGUCACAGAGGUUGUCGGAAUGGUUCAUUUUUUCGAUGUUUGCCGCCUGUACGGGACGCCAUCUCCGGGUUUGAAUUUAGAGUUUCCUUCUUUUAGAUGAGUUGCCGACCAAAGUUAACGAGUCCCAUCUGCUGAGUUUUCUUUUGCUUGACUGGGCUUUGACUGGAAUUGUCAGGCAUGAACAGUUUGAGGGAUAUCUAUAACUUUAACGAAAAACCAGCAGCAGUGAAUACUCAACUUUGAUUUCUCACUGUUGUUUUUGGCGGCAACAUAUCUGCAUUUUGUGAGCUUAGCCUAGAUAUUAUAUUCCUUGUUUUUAGCCUAGAUAUUACAUGACUUUUUUAUGCCUAGAUAUUACAUGCCUUGUUGUAUGCCUGGAAAUACAUAGCUUUUUGAAUGUCUGGACAAUAAUUGCCUUGUUGCAUGCCUGGACAAUACGUGCCGUGUUGCAUGCCUGGACAUUACGUGCCUUGUUGCAUGCCUGGGCAUUAUAUGGCUUGCUGCAGACCUGGACAUUUUUCUGCCAUACAUACAUUGAAAGCGCCGUCAUUUAAUUGUUACGUAAUGACUAAACAAUCUGGACAACUUUUUCUCUUGACGUCUAUAGGGUCGAAGAACGUAACAAUAGGCGUUUUCGGUUUUACAAGUUGAAAUGCCCCCGCCAAUCCUGUAAAAGAAUAAGGUGUUGCUUAAAAAAAAAUGGAAACAAAAAGCAAUUUCAUUGUCAUUUAGUUUGAAAUUUUUAAGCGUUUUUCUAUUUUUAACUCUUUCGAAUUUUCCUAAGAUUUAGCUUAAGUCUGUUUAUUUGGAGGAUUAUUUAUCUUCUGUUUUUGGUUACAACUUCUUUGUCACAAUAGCUCACUGCAACAAUAAGCAUUAGCUUAACAACACGUUGCUAGUGGAAGAGCCUCUAUGUCACAAUGGCUCACUGCAACGAUGCAAGAUCACUAAGAACAUCACCUCUUGGGAGUAUCAAGGGAAAUGACCGCGUACAAGUGCGCUACCGAUUUCCAUUUCUGUACAUCGUAGAGUUUACUACCCACUCACAUCUGGCCCUAAGAACCUAUCCAUAGUAAAGUUUACCCCCUCACACCUGGCCCCAGGAACAUGUCCAUAGUAGAACUUACCCACUCACACCUGGUCCUAGGAACCCGUCCAUAGUAGAGUUUACCCACUUACAUCUGGCCCUAGAAACUGUGAGAAGGGAAUCAAUUAAAAGCAAAAAUGGUAAUGCCAGAGUGGUCAUAUUACAAGACGUAAAUUUACUUGCUCGUAGAGUGGUCCUUAAUAGGGGAAAAGAUAUUUGGAGACAGAUUGAUCCUUUAGAGUGAACAUAAUACAAAACGAAAAGUCACUUCGAGGCAUAAUGAUCAUUCAGAAUGGAAUUAAAACACAAAACCGUAAGUAAAUAAAGAUUUGGUUAAAUUUGCAUCUACCUAAUAAGGUCAUCAAAGUAUGGCUUAUUGAUACUCAAUGUAUUUCUGCUCUAGAGUUCCCUCAAAAAGUUAAAGAAUAUGAAAAGACAAAUUCUACGCUCUACUAAAUAGCCACAAAGAGUUUCGAGGCUUACCUGUUGUAUCACUGAGAAAAGCUUGUGGAUUUCUUUUGUGUUCGCGAAUCUCUGUCGUUGGAGUCACAGCGUGCAAUAGUGACGUGUAUUUUUUUUAACAUUGAGGAAUAAAUGAACCUUCAAAUGGUUUCAUCCAAAACAAAAUUAUUCUAAUGGCUAUUAAUUCGUCAAGUUUAAAAAAAACAAAACUAUUUGUUAAAGUGCAAAACAAUCAUUAUCACGGUACUCUUCUGGGGUUUGAUGUAAGAAAUGCGUCAAUGGUGAAUCGGUUUAAACAAUACCAGGAACAAGCCUGAUUUUGAGUUUCGUUACAGAAAUGUCCCAACCAAUUUAAGCUAACGUGAUAAAAUUUAAAAUUAACUAUAAACUUGUUUGCUGACGUCAAAUAUAACAAUGAGACCAAAGAUAAGUUCAGUUAGUUUCUGCAUUGUUGGAAGCAAAAGAUUAGCUCGCUGGAACCACAAUCUCUAAGACUCAGGAUCUUGUCUUUGGAACCAAAAAUCUUUUAGGCUUAGGAUCUUGUCACUGGAACCAAAAAUCUUUUAGACUCAGGAUCUUGUCACUGGAACCAAAAACCUCUUAGACGCAGGAUCUUGUCACUGGAACCGAACAGUCUUAGAGAACUUUCUUACAGACUGAAAAAUAAUAUUGUAGUAAAAAAUAAUGAACUACUAGGGUUUACUGAAGAAUUUUUUUUUACAAUGGGUCCGGGUAUUGUUUACAUAAACAUAGUGGAUCUAAGUGUUUAAAAAUGUUAAUUUCUCAUUUGACAUAAGCUGCCCUUUAAACAACAUUCCUACAGCCAGUCCUACGCCCUGCCCGUCGGCCUUUAAGCAAUAUAUCGACAGACAAUCCUACACCCUACCGACCGACAUUUAAAGAAUAGUCCUACAGAUAGUCCUAAACACUACCUCUCGGCCUUUACAGAAUAGUCAUAUAAACAGUCCUACACUAUAUACUUGCCGGCAUUUAAACACUAGUCCUACAUAAAGUCCUAAAGACUUUCCUACAAACAUUCGUGCUGACAGUCCGACAGACAGUCUUACAGAUUGUCCUAUACCAGGGGUUCUCAACCUUUCUAAUGCCACGACCCUUUCAUACAGUUCGUCAUGUUGCGGCGACCCCCAACCACAAAAUUUCGUUAAUACUUUAUAACUAGAGAUUAUAUAAUAUGUGUUUUCAGAUGGUCUUAGGUGACACCUGGGAAAUGAUCGUGCGACCCCCAAAGGGGUCUUUAUUGAUCAAUAUAGUUGUUGCCUGCGAAAAAAAUAACCUUCUUACCCGAGUUCAACACUCACCGCAUUACUCUCCUUGUUUGACAGAUUUUUUUUCACUCUGUACUAUUUAUUUUUUUAAAAAAACUUGUUGAGCAGGGGUGGGGGCGGUUGUGAAAAGGACGCAGCCACACCAGAAUCAAAAUAUUAUAUAUGAGAUAAUUCAUUUGAAUCAAAUUCAAUGUCAUGAGCUUCUCACUUAUAAAAAUGUGUAGAUUCUGUUGUUAAACUAACUCAUUAAAUGUAUGAAUUUACUUGGUUUAAACAAAACUACGCUUUAUAUCUUAUUUACGCGCAUGGGAACUAGGGUGACCAGCAUCAUUGGUAAGGUUUAGUUUAGGGUUAUGUGGUGUCUUUUUCCUCUUGUCAAGACGUUCACAUGAAACAAACCGACAUACGGGGCUCUGCAGAUGACUCGAUUUUAUCUGUGCCUGUUUUUUCAGCUUUCGUGAUAGUUUAAAGGUUUUUACAACGUUUUCUUUGGAAUCAAGGUUUCUUGAAUGUGUUUUAUCUCCUUUGUCUGAUAAUCUUGUGUUUUUUACCGCGAUGAACAGCGAUGACAUGGAUUUGUUGGACAUCGUUGCAAUAAACCAAGGCAAAUCCACAGCCGCCAUAUUGGAAACACUUGAGACGCCAUCUUGAAAACAAAUGGCAAGAUCAAAACAACUAUUUAAAGACAAUCGAAUACAGACAAAAGGCGUCGCCCGUAAUCUUGGAGAAGGAAAACCUCCGUUCAAACAAAAAUCCAAGACUGUUCUCACUUAAGAACUCAAGAGAUAUUCAUACCGCAAACUUACACGGCGAAUGUCUUGCUACAGGAACAAAGGAAAACACACAAAAAACAUUUCAAAAGUUCAAGGAAAUAUGUACGAUGAAUGUAAAAAAAAAAUAUCAAUUUAUUUGGAUUCAAAAAAAAUAUCUUAUAUUAUCUUAUCUUAUUAAACUAAUUUUUAGUUAUAAAUAGAAAUAUAAUAGUCGCAUAUAAUUUGACAUAUGAUUCAUAAUUGUCACCAUUUCUUCUAAGAGACAAACUAAUGAUCAAAUAUGCUGUUGUUUGUUACUAUUUGUAACAGAUGGAAAAAUCUCCUGAUUGUUCUAUUGAUAACUUAAGUCAGCAGGCGGCCAUGCAGUCAUGGAAUUCAUAUAAAUGUGACCGUUACUGUUACUCGAUAACCUAUUUAUCACAAUAUAUCAAGGGUUUCAAACUCAAAUCGUCCAGGGGCCGCAGUUGGUAGAAUCUCAUUGAGAAUGGGCCGCAUCAAGUAUUCCACAAAAAAGCGAUUCAUUAACAUUCAUUAAAGUACAACUGUUAUAAUCUGCUCAACUUUUAAAUCUAACACAAAAAUGUUAAAGGUUCUCAAGAACUAGGCUCCACUUUCCUCCUCCUACUCAUUGUUGCCAGAGACUUGGCAGCGCUUCUUCUUACACAGCUGAGCAACAUUUGGCUUGCGUGAGGAAGCAACUGAGACCUUCAGGUAUAGCUUUAAGAUGCUCAUCGGUAAGUUUAGGCCUGAAUUCAUAUUGGAAAAUAGUUUUUCACACAGAUUGGUAUUCACAGAAAAACAUAUGAUCCGCUUGAACAACCUGGCAUUGGGAGAGUUCACCUCACGUUUGCCCGAUAUACCUUCUGAUAAGUGACAAGACUCUGAUACAUUAUAUAUGGAUACAUCAGUAGAAACCGAAAAAAAAUGUACAGGAAACUACACAUCAAAUCUGCUUAAUUCUAAUGCGCACCAUAAUUUGUGCAUUUUAGUGCGCCGAUUGAUUUGUUAGAAAUAUACUUUUUUUUUUGUUAAAUGUGUACGCGUUCUUUAAACAAAAUAAAAUAUGAGACACUUAUUUGCGCUUCAAAUAUUUAAUCAUCUUUGUAUUUAAAUUAAUAGAGUUAAGCCUACAAAUAAAGAAAAGACGAUAACAGUCAGUAAAAAUUAAACAUUUAACUUCUCACUUUAAAAAAAAGAAAUAAUAAUAAUAAUUCAAUAGGAAUUUUUUUUUUAAAGAACAUGUAAAUUAAUUUAAAAUAUGAUUUUUUUUAAAAUCCUGGCCGUGUCAUCAAGGACAUGCAACUGCUUGGAUACUAUUCAGGUUUCAAAUUUAAAGUUGUGAGUUUUUAAAAUAUAAAGUCGGGUAUCAAACGUCCUUACUACAGUAAGUAUUUUAAAAUGCAUUGCAAUUUUCAACUUUAAGAACCAAGAAGUUUAAGUUGUUUAAGAUAAAACAGCAUUGAAAGUUGAUAUGUGUAAAUAUCUACUGCUGGCGUCGGUGAUGACAUUCAUCUUAACACAGGCCUCCACAACAUACGCCAGCCAGCUCCCACUUUGCGGCCCGCGGAGUAACCAUUUAUUCUUUUUCUUUAUAAGGCGUAGAGGCUAAUUCUUAUAUUACUACCCAUGACGUCAUUUGCAUAUUUAUUUAAAAUUUGUGCAAGGAGAGGCAGGAGUCAUUCCCCUUUGUUGAUAUUGUUGUUAAUUUUAUUGGAUGAAGUGUCGGAAGUGGUGGCGGCGAAGGAAUAUUUUAAUAACCGGUUUGAACAAGAUUUCGUGUGAAUAAUUAACGAAGAUUUAAAGAAAAGUUAAAUUUUGUGGUUUUAAAACUGAAAUUUUAUGUUUUUGGAAUUCAUGCAGAGAGUGUGGAAUUGUCAGAAUGUUAGAAAUAUUGAUGAAAAAUAGAGAAAUUAAUUUUCGUAUAUGGUACUUGAAAAUCAUGCGGAUCUAGAAAGGUGUGAUUAAAUAUUACGUCACUGUCGUCUUAUUGUGCUCCGGUGUCCGGCGGUAAGUUCAAAAUAUCCAAAAUUGUCAUGGGGAGGAGCAGUUCGACUCAUAUCUAUAUGAAUAUAUGUGGCGACGCUCGUGUGGCACUAAAGAUCAAAUGAGGGAAUUUUUAAAUGUCAUAAAAAUUGUGUAUCCGCCCCAUUUACGAGAUCUUGCUUCGUAAAGAGUGAGUAAAAUAACGAAUUAUCAUUUGAAAAUUUCAUUGUUUUUUGUUGCUUUUUAAAAUCGUCCAUUACCAUGCAUUUCUGAAUUUUAGGGUUAAGGUUAGGGUUUAGGGUUUAUUGUUAGGUUUAGGGUUAGGGUUAGGUUUAGGGUUAGGUUUAGGGUUUGGGUUAGGUUUAGGGUUAGGUUUAGGGUCUGGUUUAGGUUAGGUUUAGGGUUAGGUUUAGGGUCAGGGUUAGGGUUAGGUUUAGGGUUAGGUUUAGGUUUAGGGUCAGGGUUAGGUUUAGGGUUAGGUUUAGGGUUAGGGUUAGGUUUAGGGUUUAGGGUCAGGGUUUGGUUUAGGGUUGGGUUUAGGGUCAGGGUUAGGUUUAGGGUUAGGGUUAGGUUUAGGGUUAGGUUUAGGGUUAGGGUUAGGGUUAGGGUUAGGUUUAGGGUUAGGUUUAGGGUUUAGGGUCAGGGUUAGGUUUAGGGUUAGGUUUAGGGUCAGGGUUAGGUUUAGGGUUAGGUUUAGGGUUAGGGUUAGGUUUAGGGUUGGGUCAGGGUUAGGUUUAGGGUCAGGGUUAGGUUUAGGGUUAGGUUUAGGGUUAGGUUUAGGGUCAGGGUUAGGGUCAGGUUUAGGGUUAGGUUUAGGGUCAGGUUUAGGGUCAGGGUUAGGUUUAGGGUUAGGUUUAGGGUUAGGGUUAGGUUUAGGGAUAGGGUUAGGUUUAGGGUUUUGGAUCCAGGUUAGGGAUUUGCGCCAUCAAAUUUUUGCUCAUUUUUCAAAAAUUUCAAAAAAAAAAUUCAAAUUUUACUCGUUUUUUACAAAUUUUUUAAAAAAUCAUUUUUCUUAAAUUUCAAAAUUUAAUAGUUUUUUACAAAUUUUUUAAAAUUACAAAACCAAAUUUUUCUUUGAUUUUUUAUUUUUUUCCGAAAAAUUUUUUUUCUUCCAUUUCUUUACAUUUUACAUUUUCUUUAAAAUAUUUUUCACAGAUUACUAUAUAUUUGUGUGUUUUCCUAUCUUGAAAAUUAAAUUUUCUUGUAAUAUUGCUUAUUUUCGAUCUUUCAGUAAGUUUUUUGAUAAAACGCAUUCUCCCCAACCGUUCCCUUUUUGUACAAUACGUGUCUUUGCACUACUUUUUUUUUUGGGUCGGCCGCCAUCUUGGUUGACAUGAUCCGUGACCUUCUCACGGAUCAUGUCAACAAAGAUGGCGGCCAUGCUUGGGAAACCCCGGGUACCACUCUCAUAAUUUACCGGCGUAGAUUUAAUAAAAGCGAUAGACCUAGAUUUAAAACAGCGAUAGGCCUAGAUUCAAUGCAGCGAUAGACCUAGAUUCAAUACAGCGAUAGGCCUACAUUCAAUGCAGCGAUAGACCUAGAUUCAAUACAGCGAUAGGCCUAGAUUCAAUACAGCGAUUGGCCUAGAUUCAAUGAAGUGAUAGACCUAGAUUCAAUGAAGCGAUAGACCUAGAUUCAAUACAGCGAUAGGCCUAGAUUCAAUACAGCGAUAGGCCUAGAUUCAAUACAGCGAUAGGCCUAGAUUCAACACAGCGAUAGGCCUAGAUUCAAAACAGCGAUUGGUCUAAAUUCAAUACACUGAUAGGGCUUGAUGCAACAAAAGAUAGGUCUAAAUUCAGUGCAUCGAUGUAUUUUUUUAAAUCUAAUUUUGUUGACAAGAGAAAAAAAAAGUUUUUUAACCAAAGAAGCAUUGACCGAAUCUGAACAAAUAAAAUAAUCACCAUGGAUCCAAUACUUUUAACGAGAUAGAAAGCGUAGUAAUAGAAAAAAUGUAGUGAAACAUUUGUUUAUUGGCUUGCAUUCCAGAAAAGAUAGAUUCUUUAUUAUAAGAGAAAAGAUUAUACUUUUGAAUUUAAACAAGGGAAAUAAAUUAUAGCAUUUUUUUUUCUCUGAUCGCUUUCUUUUUUCAGUCUUCAAAAAGUUUCUCAUUCUAAGACAGUUCGGUUCCUGUCAGCUCAUCUUCUGCCUCCAACUAUGCAGAAAUUAACUGAAAUUCUCGCCUGCCUCGUUUUAAUAGUUGUCCUCGGAAAACAUGGUAAGUGUUUAUUUAAAAAACUGCCAUCACAUCAGCUUAAAUUUUGCAAAGUUACGUCCCAAAAAGAACCCAGGUAAAUUUUUAACCGAGUCGGGAUCAACGCAUUCCUUAUAUCAUACGCUGGCAGAGCACCAUGAUAAUACGAGUGUUUAUAUUUAUACCUUAUAUCAUACGCUGGCAGAGCACCAUGAUAAUACGAGUGUUGAUAUUUAUUUCUUAUACCAUACACUUUACUGAGUACCGCGAUUGUAAGUGUUUUGCAUGUGUACAGAAAGUAAACAAAAUUAAAGACUUCAUGUUACCUUAAGACGAUCAAUAUAACGUAAUUUCACUUUUGAAGUGAGACAAUUUUGAUUUUUUUUUUAAAUAUUUUUUUGCCAUUUUUUCAGAUACAUGAAUGGUUAGGAAAAGUACAUUAAAAAAGAAUGAAAUAGCUGCAGGAAGUUUUAUGAUUGUGCUAUAUUUUAUAUACGCUUCGUUAUACUUAUUGUAAAUUUAAAGCCUCUCCCUAGUGAUGGGAUUACACUAGGCAGUAACAGAAACAACAUUCUGGGUUACUUAAGUUUUAGAUCUGUUCCUAGCGUUAUUUAGGGUACUGGUUCUUAGCGUUAUUUAGGGUACUGGUUCCUAGCGUAAUUUAGGGUACUGGUUCCUAGCGUUAUUUAGGGUACUGGUUCCUAGCGUUAUUUAGGGUACUGGUUCCUUGCGUUUUUUAGGGUACUGGUUCCUAGCGUUAUUUAGGGUACUGGCUCCUAUAGUUAUUUAGUGUAUUGACUCCUAGUGUUAUUUAGGUUACUGUUUCCCAGCGUUAUUUAGUGUACUGAUUCCUAGCAUUAUUUAGGGCACGCCAGCACACCAUACGGCCCCUGGGCGCAUGUGAUCCGAAAACACCAACUUUGCGGCGCGUGAAGUAACGAAAUAUUCUUCAUUCUUAUUAUUUUCUUCAUAGCUUCCCUCCCCCUAUCCUAUUUCUUUUGGCCCGCACAAGUCCUCUCUUAUUUUAUUUUGGCCCGCACAAGUCCUCUCCUAUUUUAUUUUGGCCCCCACAAGUCCUCUCCUAUUUUCUUUUGCCCGCACAAUUAUUUUUAUAAAGUAUUGCACGCCGCCUGAUAUUUUGAGUUCUGCAGGCCUGAUUUAGGGACCUGGUUCCUAGAGUUGUUUAGGGUGUUAAUUUCUAGUGUUUUUUAGGGUACCGUGCCUAGGGUUAUUUAGGUACUGGUUCCAAGUUUAAUUUAGGGUACAGAUUCCUAGUGUUAUUUCGGGUACUGGUGUCUAGUGUUUUUAGGGUACUGAUUCAUAGUGUUAUUUAAGGUACUGGUUCCUAUUGUUAUUUAGGGUACUGGUUCCUAGUGUUAAUUAGGGUACUGAUUCCUAGUGUUAUUUUGGGUGUUGGUACUGAAGUUUCCAUCGGGUUUAUCGUGGCAGCUCUAAUUUUUAAGAUAUUGCUGAAUCAGGAUAUUCAUUGAAAAAAUUAUUAUUUAAAUGGGAAAUAAUGUAUUUAAAUAAGCACCAUUUUUGCAUGUGUAUAGUAUAAAGUAACAAGACUACUUCCAUUUUAUUGAUACGUCAAUGGAGAGAGCUGAAGUUUUUUUUUCCGUUUUAUUAACAUAUUAAGUUAAAAAAUAUUUAGAUGUCAAAUCAUGUUCUUAUUAGAGUAAUUUUGUUUUUUUAAUUUCUAAAGCUGCCCAGCCGGAUCUGUUUAAACUGAUGCAUACAGAUUGUUUUUUCAUAUGGAUAAAGUGUAUUCCUUGUUUGAAAAUAACGUAUACAGGUCAUUUGGUGCAAAGCAUGGAUCUAAAGAUAAGCCAUGGUCUCUGCAUGCUGUAUGCAAAACCUGUGCAGAAUAUUUGCUUGCCUCAAGAUUUAAGGAAGUGCACAAGCUUCAUCAUGGAACAAACAUUUCAUUUCACUGAACGGAAUAUAAAAAAUACGAAGCCAUUUGUUUUAACCGAAGACCAGAACUGAUUAACAUGCGUUGGCGUCAGAAACUUUUUGAAGCACAUCGUGUGUUUAAGAAAAUAACACACGUGUGUCGCGUCUUUUCCACAGUUGCUAAACACGAGGCUAUCUCAUUUGACUAUGGAAACAUUAAUUACUAUUUAAAAAUAAAAAUAAAAUUGCUUGAUGAUUUGUGUACACCUAAACUUAAACACAAAGUGGCUACAUGAUGGAUAUACCUGCAUCUCAUGUCUUCUAGGAAGUGAAACCUUAAAAAAUUGGGCCAGACACGAUUUGCCUUUGAGAGGAAGAUCGUGAUCAGGAGAUAAAAUGUUAACGCUUAAACUUUAGUGUUACACAAUAGAGUCAUUCUACUUCAAAUUUAUUUGAUCAUGUCCUGUGUGAAAAUUGUUCGUAAAGUUACUAAAUGGAAGAUUUCUUCCACAACAAAAUAUGGACUGACCACAUUGACAGAAUGGGAAAUCUUGAUCACAUCAGAAAACAAAAUAAAUGAAACGUUUUUAAUAAGAGGAACAUUAUUGAAUACUUAAGGUUCUUUAUUUAUUCUUGUGAAAAUAUUGCAAUCGCUUAGAUCAGUGUUUCUCAACCUUCGUAAUGCCGCGACCCUUUAAUACUGUUCCUCAUGUUCUGGUGAGAACUUUAACCCAAACACUGAUGAUAAAAUUAUCAUAAAUUAUACAGCAAAUUAAUGGAACAUUUACGAAUGUUUGAAAAAAAAAAUUCGCCAAAAACUCAACUAAAAUAUAAACUGCUUAAUAUUCUUAAACUAUAUAUAUAUACCAAGUUGUUUGGUUUGUUGUUAGGAAAGAAUUAUUUUGUAUAAUUAAAAACACACAUUGUCUUUGUUCUCUUACAGGAUACACCACGGCAUUUCACGAUGUGAACUAUCCAGAAAAGAAAGAAACUUUUAUUGUCUUCAUGGACCCUCUAGACUUCAAGAAAAAGAGUUGUUCGGACGGCUACGUCCAUGAUGUUGAUUACUUUAUUCUUACUGGUUUCGUCAACAUCACCAACAUUCCCUAUCCGAUCAGAUUUGGGAGAAUCUUAGUUUGGUAUUGGCAUGCCUACUAUUGGAGUUGGAGUUGGGUAAUUUCAUUUGAUACCAUUAGCAGUUGUUUUUUUUGUUUUUUUUCAUAAUUUCAUGCUUUUGGCCCACAAAAAAAUGAACGUUUUCGGUUCACGUUUGGCGGACGAAUGUCGGACCGAUGUCGUCAUUAUAAAACGGUGAUCAAAAAAACGUGUUAAAGUAAUAUCGAAGAUAUUUUAUUUCGAUUGGAACUCGUCGGAAACAUCUUCCUUUAUCUGUUGAUACAAAUUGAACUCGUGAGAACAUUUAAAAGUAGAAAGAAAUAAAAACACAAAGCUUCAUCCAUUUUUAAGCAUGGAAACGAACCAAAUACAAUUUCGUAUAUUCUCCAGAUUGUUCCAAGCAAUCAGGCAUUGCGGGAUGCACCUUGCAGAGAUCAAUCGCUAGUGGCUCCGAACAGAUGCGUUUGUCUAUUUCAUGAUGAUAAGGAAAUCCGUGUGAAGUGCAACAUCACAAUGGAUGAGGUCUAUUUUCAGACUAUUUUCCGUUUAGGCUAUAUUCGUGAUGAUUUUUACUACAGUGAAAUUUCUGAAAAACUUCCGUGGGUCUACAGUAGGUAACCUUAGCAUGAUGUAAAUGUUUACGGCACUAAAAUUUCUAGGCUAAUAGGUGUCUGAAAGUACAAAAUGACAGUUAAUGUUAGUAUAAUGACAGUCUAAGAUUCGUAAAAGAAAACCAGUAGAUUUAUUCUUUAAGUAAUUGAGUCAAAUAGAUUAAAAUAAAAAUACCUAUGAUUGGUUUUUAUGGGUUCAGUCGAUGACACCAAAGUAGAUCCUCCAAUGCGGUGUUGCGAACAUGGAACUAGCUGGUGGUUGGGAAAUUGUGGGACUAGCAUUUCGUUAGGGAAUCAUGGAUUUAGCUGGUAAGAAGGCAAUCAUGGGACUAGAUGAUGUUUAGGAAAUCAUGGGAAUAGCUGGUGGUUAGGGAAUCAUGGGAAUAGCUGGUGGUUAGGGAAUCAUGGGACUAGCUGGGGGUUAGGUAAUCAUGGGGCAAGAUAGUAAUUAGGGAAUCAUGGGACCAGAUGGUGAGUUGGGAAUUAUGGGACAAGCUGGUAGUUAAGGAAUUAUGGGUUCAGCUGGUGGUUGGGGAAUCAUGAAACUAGCUAAUGGUUAGGGAAUCAAGGAACUAGCUGGUAAGCAGGGAAUCAUGGGACUAGCUGGUAGUUAAGGAAUCAUGGGACCAGGUGGGGGGGGGUAAGGAAUCAUGGAUUAAAAGUUGGGAAAGGAAUCAGGAGAAUAGCUCGUGGGUAGGGAAUCAAGGGUCAAGCUGGUGGUUGGGGAAACAUUGGACUAGCUGGUAAGUAGGGAAUCAUGGGACUAGCUGAUGAUUAAGGAAUAGCUGGUGGUUUGGGAAUCAUGGGACUAGCUGGUAGUUAGGGAAUCAUGGUACAAGGUGGUAGGUAGGGAAUCAUAAGACUAGUUGGUGAUUAGGGAAUCAUGGAACUAGCUGCUAAGAAGGGAAUCAUGGGUCUACCUUGUGGAUAGGGAAUCAUGGGAAUAACUGGUUGUUAGUGAAUCUUGGCACUAGAUGAUGGAUGAGAAAUCAUCGGACAUGCUGGUGGUUAAGGAAUAAUGGAAAUAGCUGGUGGUUUUGAAAUGAUGGGAUAAGCUGGUGGGUGGGGAAUCAUGGCAUUUACUGGUAUAAGGGGAAUCAUGCGACUAGAUAAUGUUUGGGAAAUCAUGUGACUAGCUGGUAUUUGGGGAAUCAUGGUACUAGAUUGUGAUUGGGGAAUCAAUGGACUAGCUGGUUGUUAGAGAAUGAUGUGACUAGCUGGUAAACAGGGAAUGGGACAAUCUGGUCGUUAGGGAAUCAUGGGACUUUGCGGUGGUUAAGGAAUUUGGGACUAGAUGGCGGGUGCGAAAUCUUCGGACUAGCUGGUGGUUAAGGAAUCUUGGUAAGAGCUAGCAGGUGGAAAUCAUGGGACUAGCUGGUAUUUGGGGAAUCAUGGAACUAGCUUGUGGUUAGGGAAUCAUGGAACAAGCUGUUAGUUAGGGAAUCAUGGGAUCAGCUGGUGGUUAGGGAAUCAGGGGAAUAGCUGCUUGAGUGGGGAAUUAUGGGACCAGCUGGUGGGUGUGGAAUCAUGGGACUAGCUGGUAUUUGGGGAAUCAUGGUACUAGAUUGUGAUUGGGGAAUCAAUGGACUAGCUGGUUGUUAGAGAAUGAUGGGACUAGCUGGUAAACAGGGAAUGGGACAAUCUGGUCGUUAGGGAAUCAUGGGACUUUGCGGUGGUUAAGGAAUUUGGGACUAGAUGGCGGGUGCGAAAUCUUCGGACUAGCUGGUGGUUAAGGAAUCUUGGUAAGAGCUAGCAGGUGGAAAUCAUGGGACUAGCUGGUAUUUGGGGAAUCAUGGAACUAGCUUGUGGUUAGGGAAUCAUGGAACAAGCUGUUAGUUAGGGAAUCAUGGGAUCAGCUGGUGGUUAGGGAAUCAGGGGAAUAGCUGCUUGAGUGGGGAAUUAUGGGACCAGCUGGUGGGUGUGGAAUCAUGGGCCUAGCUUGUAUUUGGGCAAUCAUGGAACUAGCUAGUGGUUAGGGAAUCAUGGGGCAAGCUGAAAUUUAGGGAAUCAUGGUACCAGCUGGUGAGUGGGGAAUCAUGGGAAUAACUGGUGGUUAGGGAAUCAUAGGAGAAGCUGGUAGUUAAGGAAUCAUGGGCCCAGCUGGUGUUUGGGGAGUCAUGAAACUAGCCAGCUGGUAGUUAUAGAAUCAUAGGACUGCCUAGCGGGUGGGAAAUAAUCGGACUAGCUGGUGGUUAAGGAAUAAUGGGACUAGUUAGCGGGUGGGAUAUCAUGGGAAUAGCUAGUAGUUAGGAAAUAAUGGGACCACCUGUUGGUUUCGGGAAUCAUUGGACUAGCUGAUGUGUCUGGAAAAAUGGGACUAGUUCGUGGAUGGGGAAUCAUGGGACUAUUUGAUGGUUAUGGAAUCACGGGACUAGAUGAUGGUUGGGGAUUCAUUGGACUAGCUGGUAUGUGGGGAAUCAUUGAAUUAGCUUGUGGUUUGUGUAUCAUGGGUCUAGCUGGUGGUUAGGGAAUCGUUGCUCAAGCUGGUGGGUGGGGAAUCAUGGGACUAGCUAGUAAGUAAGGAAUCUUGGGACUACCUUUUCGUUGGCGGAAUGAUAGGAACAGCUGUUGUUUAAGGAGUCUUGGGACUACCUUUUCGUUGGGGAAUGAUAGGACCAGCUGUUGUUUAAGGAAUCUUGGGACUACCUUUUCGUUGGGGGAAUGAUAGGACCAGCUGUUGUUUAAGGAAUCUUGGGACUACCUUUUCGUUGGGGGAAUGAUAGUACAAGCUGUUGUUUAAGGAAUCUUGGGACUAACUUUUUGUUGGGGAAUGAUAUGACCAGCUGUUGUUUAAGGAGUCUUGGGACUACCUUUUCGUUGGCGAAUGAUAGGACCAGCUAUUGUUUAAGGAAUCUUGGGACUACCUUUUCGUUGGGGGAAUGAUAGGACCAGCUGUUGUUUAAGGAGUCUUGGGACUACCUUUUCGUUGGGGAAUGAUAGGACCAGCUGUUGUUUAAGGAAUCUUGGGACUACCUUUUCGUUGGGGGAAUGAUAGGACCAGCUGUUGUUUAAGGAGUCUUGCGACUACCUUUUCGUUGGGGGAAUGAUAGGACCAGCUGUUGUUUAAGGAGUCUUGGGACUAGUCCAGGUCGCCAUGUUACAGUGAUUUUCCUGCAGGAGACAUUAUCGACAAGAAAAGUACAUCGACAUGGACAGUUCAUUGACAAAAAAGUGCAUUGACAUGGACAGUUCAUUGACAAAAAAGUACAUCGACAUGGACAGUUCAUUGACAAAAAAGUGCAUUGACAUGGACAGUUCAUUGACAAAAAAAUACAUCGACAUGGACAGUUCAUUGACAAAAAAGUGCAUUGACAUGGACAGUUCAUUGACAAAAUAGUACGUCGACAUGGACAGUUCAUUGACAAAAAAGUGCAUUGACAUGGACAGUUCAUCGACAAAAAAGUACAUCGACUGGGACAGUUCAUUAACAAAAAAGUACAUUGACAUGUUCAGUCCAUUGACAAAAAGAAAAGUGCAUAUUCACGGACAUUUCAUGAUAAAAAUUACAAUAUUUAAAUCCAUUCUUUAUCUGAAUCAUCUUUAUUGGGCGCUGCGGUUUUUUUGGUUUUUGUUUAUUUUUGGGUCUCAUUUCAAAUUUGGUCUGAAGUUUGACAGGUGUUGCCAGCACUAGUGACAUAGUCACAUACGAUAAAUAUAUAUAUUUUUUUUUUAAGUUUACUUUUUUUUUAUUGGCUAGUGUAAUUAUAAUUAAAACUUCUUAUCACCGAAAAAUACAAUAAACUUUGCCACGAGCUCUUUCUGAAUUCUAAAAGAUGAGCAGGUUUUGCUUUUAGAAAUGCUUUAUAUAGAUCCAAAGUUUAAAAUAGUUUUUGUUAAAAAUAUUUACCAUUUCAAUCAAAAUAUUCAUCAAAAUACUGAAAAUGAAUUAGCACAAUGUGAUCAGAAUAUAUCUCAGUGUAUUGGGAUCAACGAAAGAAUCUCGGCUUGUCAUGAAUGUUAAAUAUUAUAUAUAUUACUAUUUGAGGUAAUACAUCUUGCGUGAAGUGGAUCAGCAUCUAUUCAAAAAAUCAAGGUAAGCAUAACAUGUGAUGUUUAGAAUCAAGAUUACUGUUAGAAUUAGAGCACUGGUUACCAUGGUUACCAGUUUUUGCACGUUUGAUGCAAAGUUGUUAUGUUUGUUUUUCCAAAUUUUUAAUUUAUUGUUUUUUCAAUUUAAAGUGAUCAUACAUCACUUGGACCUGAUAAAACCAGCAACCAUAUUGUGUAAAUAGGGUUCUACUUAGUAAAUAAUGUGUACAUAGGCCCCUACAUAGUAAAUAUCGUGUACCAGAAAAGGGGAACCCCAAUCUUAUUCAUGAAGGAUUCUGGAGGGGUGUUGCCAGCACUAGUGACAUAGAUGCGUUAUGGCCCUUAAUUCACUCAUGUUUAAUGCUUAUCGAAGAGACCCGUAUGAACUACAAAUAUUAAUCUAAACAUUUUUUAUUUCAUGCCUAUUUUAAGGAUUACAAAUGUUUUCUUAUGAUCAAAUGAAAAGCAGUACAUUAAAAAAAAAAGUAGUUUUUUUUUUCUUUUCUUCAGGAUGUAGUCUUGUUGGAGGUAAAACUGCUAAGUCUGGUAAGUAAAUUAUAGGGGUAUUGCUGCCCACAGUUACUACUUACCAGCUAAGUGCUAUUUCUUAUUUUUAUUUUUAUUACGUUUUUUCUGUUGUUUUGUUCGCUGACGAAGGCUUUCUGCCGACACGUUCGCUGUUUUUUUUGCGUUUUUUUUCAGGUUUAACCCUACUCUGUUUUACUCAUUUUAUUCAGUAAAUUAUAUAUGAAUUGUCUAGUCUUGUUGGGUGUAACUUUGCAAUGUCUGGUAGGUAAAUUAUACAAAAACUAUCAAGUCUUGUUUGAGUCAACUCUGCUAUGUCUGGUAAGUUAUACAUGAAUUAUAUAAUCUAUUAUGGAGACAACUCUGCUAUGUCUGAUAAGUAAGUUAUACAUGAAUUAUAUUAUCGUGUUGAAGAAAACUCUUCUAUAUCUUGUAAUUACCUAGUAGAAUGAAAAGGGGGCGAUUUCCCAUGGUGUCACUUUGGGGGAGGGGGUAGAGAAUCGGGAAAUUGUCAAACGAAAAAAAGAAAGAAAUACAAUGUCUUUACAUCUAUAUCUAUAUAAUCAUUUUUAAUCUUUACAGCUAUAUCUCUAAAAUCAUUCUUAAUCUUUGCAACUAAAAUUCGUCCUCUCACAUAUCUGAAGCUCUUGACAUAAGGUAAGCUACGAGCUGAAAUAGCUCCCAUAGGUCUCUGUGUCAACCCUUACAAUAAUGGUAGGCUUAAUAAUUUAUAUUCUCGCCUAUUUUUUUUGUAAUUGUUGCUUGCUUAGACACUUAUAUAAUUUUUCAAAGAGUUUCUUCUUCCACAGGAAUGGCCAUCAUCAUCACAACUUUGGUCUUCACGGCCUCAUCACUGUUUUCAUAUGGCCAAUGAUCUCACCAACAUCGGCACUGAGCUCCAAGCCUUGAGACUAAACGCUGAACAUAUCAGCAACAAUAAAUGUACUUUAUGAUAUGUGAAAAAUGUUCAUCAUCUAUGGUACAUAGGCAACAAAAAAAAAAAAAAAUUGUAAGUACUAGAUUUUAGAAAUGCCUUAUACUCCGAACACAAAUGAAUGGCAGCCAACAUUUCAAAAGUCAGAACAUAAAUUAAUUGAAUAAAACUGUUCACUUUGAAAAUAAAAAGUAUUUUAACAUAGAAGACCUCAAUUUGUCCGAAUCGCCUAAAACCAGAAAAUUUUGACAUUUUUAGGUCAGGGCAUAUUUUUAAACUUCUUACUUUGAUUACUUUAUUAACCUUUUAAAUGCAUAUAAAAAACAAAAAAUUUUGUAGCCAUUUUUAUGUUCCCUUCCAUCAUUAAAUUCUCCUUAUCAAUUGCUUAUACUUGGUUAUAACGAUGCUAAGUUUAGCGUCGGUGGUGGGGGUGGUCGUUUUGUUCUUUCUUCAGUUUAAGGAUCCCAGGGUUCAAUCUUAAAAAGAAUCAGAAGGAAGCAGUUUACAGUGUUAAUCACAACAGUAAGAAAAACAUGGC